AUGUCCGUUAGUACACCAGGUGAGUUAGAUGCAUUAAUAGAACAAGCCACCAGUGAGAGCAUUCCCAAUGGUGACCUUGAUCUCUCCAUAGCGUUGGAAAUUUCAGAUGUGUUAAGAUCUAGAAGGGUUAAUCCCAAAGAUUCUAUGCGUUGUAUAAAGAAAAGGAUUUUAAAUACGGCCAAUAAUCCAAAUACCCAGUUAUCCUCCUGGAAGCUUACAAACAUUUGUAUUAAAAAUGGUGGAACACCAUUUAUAAAGGAAGUUUGUUCCAGAGAGUUUAUGGAUACCAUGGAGCAUGUUAUUUUAAAAGAAGACAACAACGAAGAACUUUCUGAGCUCGUGAAGACAAUAGUAUAUGAACUAUACGUUGCCUUCAAGAAUGACUCGCAAUUAAGCUAUGUAGCAAGAGUUUAUGAUAAAUUAAUUUCUCGUGGCAUCAAAUUUCCUGACAAGUUGUCACUUUCCAACUCUACAACUGCAAUGUUCGAUUCGAAAACACCGGCAGAUUGGAUAGAUUCUGACGCUUGCAUGGUUUGUUCCAAGAAGUUCUCCCUGCUGAAUAGAAAACACCAUUGUCGUUCCUGUGGUGGGGUGUUUUGCCAAGAACACUCAUCAAAUAAUAUAGCGUUACCUGAUUUGGGGAUAUAUGAGUUGGUCAGAGUUUGUGAUAACUGCUUUGAAGACUACGAUCUAAAGAGGCACGACGGCAGUAAAAAAACAAGAAGACAUCGUCAUAACAAAAGGAGAAAGGAUAGGGACUACUCAACUCCUGAAGAUGAAGAGGAGCUGAUAAAAAAAGCAAUAGAGCUCUCUUUGAAAGAAUCCAGAAAUAGUACUAGUAGUGAACCUAUAGUCCCCAUUGUGGAAUCGAGAAAUGCAGAAAAGUAUAGUAGUCCGGGGAAAAGAGAAGAACUGGAAGAGGAAGAAGAUCCAGAUUUGAAAGCCGCCAUACAAGAAAGUUUGAGAGAAGCUGAAGAAGCAAAAAAACGCAGAGAGAGUCAACAAGCCUCCGAGCAGCUUCAACCACAACAGUUACCAUUUCAACCUCAGCCUAUCCAUUCUGUUGAAUUGUCUGAUGAGGAAAAGGACAAUAUAUACAUGUUUGCAUCACUCGUUGAUAAAAUGGAGUCAAGACCCUUGAACGAAAUUCUAGAAGAUUCAAAAUUACAAAAUUUAGCGCAGAAAGUAUUUGCCUCCAAGGCAAGGUUAAAUUUUGCUUUAAACGAUAAAGCUCAAAAAUACAAUACUUUGGUAGAAAUGAAUGGUAAAAUUUCUGAUAUUAUGAAUAUAUACGAUAGAUUAUUGGAGCAACAGCUACAAAGCAUCAAUUUAUCUCAACAGUACACCCUCCCCCAAGUUCCUUCUGACCCAUAUAGUUACUCAGCGUACCAUAUGGCAAAUCAGCAUUACGAAGUACCUUCUCUUCAUGAAACGCCAUCUUACCAGUACAAACCGCAACAAGAGAGUUCAUACCAACAACCAGUUCAGACGAACCUGUUCCCUACUACCAAUAUUGAUCAUUUAAAAACAAUUAAUAUGGUACCACAUGCGCAACAGAAGCCUCAAGUGCAAGUUGAACUUGCACCCUCUGAUCCACCAUAUCCAAAGGAAGAAGGCGAAGGGGAAGAAGAAAAACAAACAGCACAAGCCCAGAAGUCUUCCACACAAGAAAUGCACGAAAGACCGUAUCCCGUAGAAACAGAAACGGAAGAAAAUUCAAUAAAUGAACGGCCUCAAGGUAUUACACGUUACGAUUUUCCAACCGUUCCUGCACGUAAAGUUGUUCAACCGGAGCCAGUUGUGUCAACUCCCGCAAUCGCUUCUGGAACCCCAAUCCAAGAGGAAAGGGCGCCUACUCCUGAAGAGGAACUUUUAAUAGAGCUUUGA